CUUCUCCGCCUCCUCCUCUUCUUCUUACGGUUGUUCAAAUUUAAAUGCGCCACCGUAGCUCCGAUCUCUCAACCUCCUAGGACCUUACUUCUCUUCUUCUUGCCAUUUAGUUUCAGUUUUAUCGUCUGAAUUUGGAUUUGGGGAUUUCGGAAUUAGGGAUUUUAAUCUGCUAAAUUGUUCUAAUUAACGGAUUCAAUUGUUGUCUUAAUUGUGAAUUAUCAAGUGGGGACCUUUUGUUUUCAAUUGAUCUUUGUAUGAUUUUUAUUUUGAAUGUACAUUGUGUUGUUGGACUUGAUAAUGUAGUUGAAGAUUUAGAAAUACAUAGGAGAGUUUGUACAUCUGGGUUGGGGUCCUGUGAAAUGCUUGAAAAAUGUUGGAUCUUCUCGAAUUUUGCGUUUCAGUUGACCUGGUUUCAUUUUAGUUCAAUCAUAGAAUGUUCGUUCUUUUUAGUGGCCAACGGGUUUGAUCACCCCUACAAAAUGUAGAUCCAAAUGAGAGAACAAAAGAACCCGGAAGUAAGUUCUUUGGAUUUUCAAUUUAGAGACUUUUAGGAAGUUUCAGACCAAACUGGGAUUUUGCUUCAACUUCAGCUUCAGGAAAGUUUCACUUUGGAAUAUAGUCUGUCCUUCUUCAGGUUCUUAAGAUUCUGCAUUUCUGUUUUUUUUUAUAGGGUUUGAGGAUUUUGAUUUUGGAACCUAAAGUUGGUUUUGUUGACCUUUUUCUUGCUUUUGUGUGUAUAUCUGACUCUGUAUUGUUUCACUCUUAAUAGUUAUAUUUUAGAUAUGUUUUUAGUGUCUGCAACGAAAUUAUAUUGGGUACAGAAUUGCUUCAACCGCAAGGCAGUUUAGGCCUUCAGUUUUCACUCUUGAUUGCCCAAAAUAUAUUAUUUGCGGGAAUUCACGUUUCUGAGUAGAAUUGGCUAGUAGAUAAGGAAACAAAGAGUCUUAACCAAAUAAAGAAAAAACAAAGAGUCCAAUCAAUUAUUAAACAUGGCAAUACAAUAUAUUAGAGUUGGGAAUUAACAUAGAAUAAAUGAUGGCAAUACAUUAGUAAACCAAAGCAAUAAAGUAUGUUGCCAUGCAUAUGGCACAAAAGUAAACAAAAAAAAAAAAAAAUGCUAACAAUGCAUAAUUGGGGUGAUGAUGCAUGAAACAAAGAGAGGGGGUGACAGAGUGGGACCAAAAUAGAGGGAAAUAGAGAGAAAAAAGAGUGACAGAGUCUUUAACAAAUUCACACUUAUCUUCAGUGCUGAAAAAUGCAAGUUAAGAAGAAAUUCUUUGCUGUUCAAAUUUUGGGGUGUUGAUCUUUGUGUGGAAGGUCUCUAAUUUGUACACGGUGGUGGUCCAAAAUGGUCACCCACAAACUGAUGGAAGAAUUGAUUCGCAACUCAAUGAUUCACGGGUCUACAAAUGGGCUGGAAAGGGUCUGAAAAGAGAUGAAAGAAUUGCAAAUGAUUAUUCAACAUAUCUAAGCAUUGAUUUGUGAUACUUGUGAAGUUGCCGCCUUCCUCUUCUGAACCACUUUUGUAAGAAACGUGAGCUGUUAAAAGUCAGCUCACCUAAAGAUAGCAGACAUAAUAGCUACAGUUGAUAACAUUGACAAAGUUGAUUUUUCUAAAAAAAUACGAAAAGGUUUGGAAGGCAAUAUUGGCUAUGCUAAGUACUUAUAAAGGUCACAAAAGGUGAGGUAUGAGGACGAUGAAAUUUCCAAAGCGUUAUAUAGUCGUCAUAUUGACCUUCAUCUGCACAUCUGUUUGCUAUAUAGAACGUGUCGGGUUUUCAAUUGCGUACACUUUUGCUGCUGAUGCUGCUGGGGUAAAUCAAGCAAGUAAAGGCACAAUUCUUUCUACAUUCUAUUAUGGCUAUGCUUGUUCACAGGUGCCUGGAGGCUGGGCAGCCCAGAAAAUUGGGGGAAGGAAGGUUCUUCUCCUUUCAUUUGUAUUAUGGUCAGCUACUUGUGCAUUGGUCCCUUUGGACCCCAAUCGAGUCUUUGUCAUGGUAAUUGCUCGGUUGCUUGUUGGUGUCGCACAAGGUUUUAUAUUCCCCUCAAUCCACACAGUUCUAGCACAGUGGGUUCCACCGCAUGAAAGAUCCAGAUCUGUUUCUCUUACGACUUCUGGUAUGUACCUAGGUGCCGCUGCAGGAAUGCUUUUUCUUCCAAGCCUUGUAAAGUAUAGAGGCCCGCAGGAUGUCUUUCUUGCUGAGGCAGCACUAGGUGCCAUGUGGUCUUUGCUUUGGUUCAAGUAUGCCAGCGACCCACCUCGCUCAGAACAUCCAAAAGCCACAGCUGCUGGUUUUGGGGAGUCAAUGUUGCCAAUCAAUGGAAGUCAUAAAUUGAAAAUAGAGAAUGGAGGAAGUUCCGUCAGAUCUGCGAAAAUCCCAUGGAAGAGAAUUAUACUCAGUUUGCCAGUUUGGGCAAUUGUGGUUAAUAAUUUCACAUUUCACUACGCUUUAUAUGUGUUAAUGAACUGGCUGCCGACAUACUUUGAAUUGGGCCUCCAGCUUAGCCUUCAGGAAAUGGGUUCUUCUAAGAUGUUGCCGUACCUCAACAUGUUUAUUUUCUCAAAUAUAGGUGGGGUGGUUGCUGAUCACCUGGUCACAAAGAGAAUCUUGUCUGUUACUAGAACGCGGAAGCUCUUGAACACCAUGGGGUUUAUAGUUGCUUCUCUUGCACUGAUGGCAAUUCCCAUCUUCAGAACGUCUAGUGGAGCUGUCCUUUGCUCUUCUGUUGCUCUGGGUUUCUUGGCACUUGGGAGAGCUGGUUUUGCAGUGAACCACAUGGAUAUUGCCCCGAGAUAUGCAGGCAUUGUGAUGGGAGUUUCCAACACUGCUGGUACGUUAGCUGGCAUUAUUGGAGUUGAUCUGACCGGCAAACUUCUUGAAGCAGCAAGAAGUGUUGAUUCGAGUCUUUCAAGUCCAGAGAGCUGGAGAUUGGUGUUCUUCAUCCCGGGUUUGCUCUGCAUUUUCAGUUCUUUAGUAUUUUUACUGUUCUCGACAGGGGAGAGAAUUUUUGACUGAGGUAGGUUUUUUCCACGCAAACCUCUUGCUUGUAGCUCGACAAUAGAUGUGCGUGUGCAGUGAUCAUUCCUGACAAUGUACUGUAGCAUAUGAUGUUGCCUUGGGACAGCAUAUGAACAUGAAAAAAAAAUUGGUAGCAAAGCAAUAGCAGCUCAUAUGUGGAGAUAGAUUACAAUUUGUUCGACUUUUAAGCUCUCUGAUGCUUCCACCGUAUAAUUAAUUCAUGUGUAUGAAUGAAGGAGUAAUGGUUUCAAAUUAUUACAUUCUUUUUUAAUGUAUUUGCUGAAUUUGAUUCUUA